CAGAACAAAACCUGGUCGAAACCCGGUUAUUGCUUGAAGUUAGUCACCAGCACCAGUCCCCAGGUAAUGGCCCAAAGCCCUCCACAUUUCAUCUGGGGCAACUCUGCUGCUGGCUUCUUCCAUGUCAUUGUAACAGAGAUCACGAAGAAAAGUUCAGGAGCGUACUCGUGUGGAAUAGACAGAGGUCCUAUGAAAAGCAUCACUAUCCUCAAAAACAUCAGCCUGGUGGUGACUUCAAGCUGCCUAACAGCAUUUUCGUGGUGCUGUUGUGUGGACUCCUUUGUGACCAAGAUCAUGGCUUUGACAGCCCUCCUCCUGUUUCUGACCUACAGAGCCCAGGUCUCCGCCGGCAUUGUGGGAGUAGCAGAAGUGGCUGCCCCUGGCCCCACCAAGACCCCAGGGCCCUUGAGCACUCCCCACUGAGCCUACAGUCCCCCCACCUCCUCCUGAUCCUCCAUGACCACUGAGACCUGGGGCCUCCAAGAAAAGUCCAUUCCUGUGUUUCCGGAAGAUACCUCCCAGCACCUGAAUCUACCACUGUGGUGGCACCUCUCACCCCAGAGCUGAGGACCCCUCCAUUGCCUUCUCCAACACCAUGUCCACAAAGCAAGAACCCACCACCUGUGAGACUCUUCCUGGGCAUCCAGGCUGCCCCUCUCCCACCCAGUGGACCAAACCCAACUGGUAGGCACCCUCUCCCUAACUUGUGCCUCUCCCUCCUCUCCUGGGUUACCUGUUUCUCUGCCAGCUCAUGGUUCAGCUGGUCUCCCGGUCACCAAUGCCCACUGCAGUCAGCUUCGGUUCCUGUUCUUCCCGAUAUGGGAAAUAGCCUUCGUUCAUACCACAUACAAAUGUAAUAUUUGCUAUUUCCAAAAAUGACGCAAAAUUUAAAAGUAUACAACCAUGAAUGAAAAGUGUUUCCAUCCUAUAUGUCAGAUGAAAGGGUCAAUAGCUUUUGUGCCUGAACAUCUUCUUUCUCUUAAAUAAAUAAGAAUCAGGCAAAUGUUUCCAUUUUAAAAGGGCUAAGGCUACGAACACAUCAUUCAUUACAGAAUAAGGAACGAAUGAAUGAUAUGUAUGAACAUGUGUCUAAAAUGGCUGAUAAUCAAAGAAAUGAGAAAUGAAGCAAGACCCCAUGCUUUGCCUGUUAGUUCAAAGAAGAUUAAAAUAAAUAUAAUCAUAUUCCAGGCUGGAGAUGUGUAGGGAAAAGGGAAGGACAUAAUUGAUAGCGUCUUCCUGGAGGGGCAGUAUGGCAAUGAAUUAAAAGGCAGAACGAGUAAUUUAUUCAUCCAUUCCACUGUUCAUGGAUAUUUGGGUUCUUUCGCAUUUGGGGCUGUUGUGAAUAAAGCUGCUAUGAACAAUAAAAAAAAGAGGCACCUGGUUGUGAAGAAACAGUUUUAAACACUUUUCUAAGUAAUUUGACAUGUGUCAUGAUUGCUGUUGUUUAAAAAGCAAAAUAAUGGUAUGUCCCCUAGAUGUCGGUUUUAAAAAGUAUGCCAACUAUACUUGAGUAAAAA